AGGGUGUCCUCACAGCCCGGGUUGCGCGACCGUUCUACCCUACUAGGUGUUCCCGAUGGUCGGUUCACUCCUCCAUCUUCAGGGCGUUCAUCGCCCUUAGGAGAUGUCCAACUAGGCGGUCAGCGCUACGCCGACGAUCUUGAGGGUCAGAAUGACGAGCAGGUAGAGAACCUUACGGCGAAGGUGAAGCUGUUGAAGGAUAUCACCAUUGGAAUAGGGAACGAGGUCCGGGAAUCAACAAUACAGCUCAGUCAAAUGAACGAUGCCUUCGCAGAAACCGGCGAUAUUCUUUCUGGCACCUUUCGUCGAAUGAACAAUAUGGCAGAACGACAUGGGUGCAAAUGGCUGUGGUAUAUCGUCUUCCUCGUAUUUGUCUUUUGGUUCUUUAUUGUUGUAUGGUGGUUUCGACGAUAA